CUUCCGGUGUUAGCGGAAGCACCCGCUUCACGUCCAUUAAAAGCUAAAUUGAUGGCUUUUCUAUAAAAUACUGUCAAAUAUUGAAAAACCGCGGAUAAAUGACAGUUUUCCAGUGACAAAUGAUGUUUGGUAUCGAACAAAAAGGCGGCGAGCAGCAGACGUGAGCGGACAUUGGAGCUGAAUCUCCCGAAUGAAGGGGAGGAGGCUCAACAUGGAGGACUGCUUGCACACUUCCUCUGACAACCUCGCUAAACUAGUGAAAUGGGCCCACAGUCACGGGACAAUCUGCACCUUGAUCCCCAACCUCAAACACAUGCUGAACGAGGGCUCCCAUGGGACCCUCACGGCCCUGUGGGGCUGCAGCGCCGGGCAUGCCUACCACUGGCCCCUCAACACCACCUGCAAAACCGGAAACAAGGAGCGCAUGUGUUUCCAGGAAAGUCGGAGCAUCAACACAGACACUAUGAUUCAGGCCGCCGCCGCCAUGCAAAACUCCUCGGCAGAUCGAUUCCUCGGAAAAAAAAACAAAGGCGAUUCCAAUCAGAUCCACGACUCCUGCGAUAUUUCCAACUGCAGUGAACCUUCAGAAAUGGACGAUAAUGGCGAGGAGUAUAACAACAACUUGUACGACAUAGUCUGUGAAUCAUCAGCAACUGAUGAAGAUGGUGAUUCUGACUUCAAUCACACGCCAAACAUCUCGCACAGGAAAAGACAUGGAAAAGGGACGGGACAUGAAGACAGUAUUGACCCCUCCUUGAAGAAAAUCAAACAAGAAAGAGGCGAAGAUUACUACAGUUUGGCCAAUCCACAGAUUCCCAGCAGUUCAGAGAUAAACCGCUCUACCGAGUUGCCCAAACCGAACCUCCAGAGCACACCUUUGAUGUCCCAGAAACCUUCUUCCAUAGAUGGAGACUCAAUGGGGGUGUCGUCAUCUCCCUUGGACAGUUCUCCUACUUCCAUGAUCAAGCCACUGCGUGCACCUUUCCAUGUUACCCAAAAUAAAGUGCACAUGAACUCUAAUCCAGCGUGCAGUCAGAGUAUGCCCACUUUACCUCAUCCUGGACGGAUUGACGCUAUGGGUGUCCUGCACAGAGAUGAAUAUCCCAGACCGUCUUUGUCUUACGGAGAGGCUUCGAUUGGCGCAAACCCAGAAAUGGAUCUUCUAUCUGCACAGGCACUUAGUACAGAAGCGAGAGCAGACAACACAGCAGACAUGGAUGAGAGAGCGUAUCCAGAACAGAACGAGAAGACGAUUCGCAGCACCCAAACAGCUCUCCGCAACUUUCGGGAUUUCCUGGUUUCAAAGUAUCCAAACGAGACCAGAGAAAUUUACAACAUCCCCUGCCACGAGUUAGACAUCUACUUGGCCUCCUUCUUCGUGGAUGCUCGCCAACGGGAUGGCUCAGAGUAUGAGCCCAACAGCCUGGCAAACUAUCAGUGUGGCCUGGAACGCUAUCUGAAGGAGCAUCGGUAUGCCUACAGUAUUACAAGAGACCGCGAGUUCCAGAGAUCCCAGGAUGCCCUCAAGCAAAAGCAACUGGAGCUCAAGUUCAAAGGUAAAGGCAACAAACCACACAAGUCAAUGAAACUGACCCUUGCUGAUGAGCUGCUCCUGAGAAAACGGGGGCUUCUGAGUCGCUUCAACCCUGAGGGUCUGCUUAACCUGGUGUGGCUCAACAACACCAAGGCUUUUGGCCACUGUACAGGUUUCCACAGUUCCACUCUCAAAUGGGGCGAUGUGCGGUUGCUCACCACAGAAACUGGAUCAGAGUGUCUAGAGUGGACCUACCAGGAUUUAAGUGACCCUAAUGCCAGAAACAGAAGAUCCACAACUGAGUGCCGGAUCUAUGCUACUCCACACGCUCCUCAAACCUGCCCAGUAGAAGACUACAAGCAUUUUGCUCAACGCAGACCUCAAGCCAUGCUCUACGAAGAUGCCCCAUUUUAUCUGUCUAUCAAACCCGUGGUUAACCUUGCCGCCCUACACUGGUACAACUGCCAAGCUCUGGGAAAAAACAAAUUAGCAAAGAUGGUCAAGACCAUGUGUGAGAAAGGCAACAUUCCAGGGAGAAAGACCAAUUUUAGUGUAUAUCAGAGUUGCAGUAGCUUGUCCGAGGCUCAGAGCAAUCAGCUAGUUCUGAUCUGCAAUGACCUCAGGCAACAAGCCGUCCAUUCAGGUAGUUCCCAUCCCGGCAGCACCAACUUUGUCAUUACUGGUUCUUUCGACUCUACUGACUCAGCUUAAAGGUGAAAUAUUAUUUUUGAGCCUCUAGUAGCAAACAACUCUUCUGUUGUUUCCAAACAAGCUUCUUAAACACUUACCGGUCUUCCAUUUUUAGGAGAUUCAGGUAAUCCAGCUCUAAAUGCACCCAGUGGAUAACCUAUUGGCCUUUUCUCAUAGUACUUUUUACAUCAUUUUAUUUAUUUAUUUUUGGAAAGGUGGUAGUCACAUUCUAAAUGGACCUAAAAAGUAAAAUUUAUUUUGGACUGUUCAAACCAAGGAGUCGAUGUUUAAAUUAUUUAGCCAAUUCUAGCAGGUUUUGACACAAGAGUUCGCCAACCUUUAUGACAAGUGCCAUCCUUGAAGUAUAUAAAAUGAGCUCUGUAUGCAGAGCACUGCUGUUUUCCAAACUCUACCCACAUCUCCCAAUUAUAGGAGAAGCAGGUAGCCUUUAAUUCCCUAUCAUUAAUUCAGCAAGAAAUAUAUGUCUGACUGCUCGAACCAAGGAACUGAUGUUUUAAUUAUUUUUAGCCGAUUCCAACAGAUUUCUACACGAGGGAUUGCCAACCUUUUCAACAAGAAGUGCCAUUUGUUCCAUUUAAAAUAAGCUGUGUAUGCUGAUUCAUGCUGUUUCCAAAUAUGUUUUCCCCGUCUUCCAAUUUGGGAACAUGCAAGUAUUCCUGCUUCAAUUCCCUGCCGUUAACUGAGCAAGAUAUCUGUGUGACGAACUGCUUA